AUGAAUAGAAAAAGUGAUAAAGGUAAUAAAUAUAAUAUAAAAGCACAGAAUGAUCAUCCGAAUGAAGAUUACGAAGAUCAGGAAAAAUAUACAAAAGUCAAUUUCGAUAAGAAUCCGUACUAUAAUAAUGAAGAAUUUCCUCACAAUUUCUAUGAACAUGAAAGGAAUGGAUACAGCGAUUAUGGCGACUAUAAAAGAUAUUAUCUAAAUCCAUCAAAUCCAAUACCUAAGUCUAGUGUUAAGUUUAAAAUAAGUAGUAGGAUAGUUCAGACAAAAUAUGGAAAAUUACAGGGGAUAGUAUUGGCGAUGGAUGAGCAAAGGUACUUGAGUCCAUUGGAAGUUUUUUUAGGUGUGCCCUAUGCGACACCUCCUGUUGGUUCCAAUAGAUUCAGCCCCACAAGAACUCCUUCACCAUGGGAUGGGGUCAGAGUAUCUGACCGUCCAGGUCCUGCUUGUCCUCAAAAGUUACCGGACUUGAAUGACGAGCGACUCCUCUUAGAAAAAAUGCCUAAAGGCAGAUUAGAUUAUAUAAAAAGACUGAUACCUUAUCUUAAGAAUCAAAGCGAAGAUUGUCUUUAUUUAAACAUAUUUGCACCUUUACAAAUGGAUGAAACAAAAUUAGCACUGCCAGUAUUAGUGUACAUACAUGGAGAUGGUUAUUCGCUAAGUUCUGGAAGCCCCUAUGAUGGCGCAGUCCUCGCGAGCUACACUGACCUAAUUGUAGUCACGCUGAACUUCAGAUUAGGCGUAUUGGGCUUCUUAAAUGCAAACCCAAAGCCACAUUUAAAAGCUCGAGUGGCUAACUACGGGUUAAUGGACCAAAUAGCCGCGUUGCAUUGGGUGCAACAAAACAUUGCCUUGUUUGGAGGCGACCCAACCAAUAUUACCCUAAUGGGCCACGGAUCGGGGGCAGCUUGUAUUAAUUUCCUAAUGAUCUCGCCUACAGUUAUGCCAGGUCUCUUCCACAGAGCAAUACUUCUAUCAGGUUCAGCUCUAAGUUCUUGGGCAAUAGUUGAUGAUCCUGUGUAUUAUUCACUAAAAUUGGCCAAACAUAUGAACUGCAGUAUACCAGAGGACCUCGCCAGGGACCACGAAGUGAUUGUGGACUGUCUUCGAGAUGCAUCUAUUGAGGAGUUACUAUCAUUUGACAUAUCACCUCCAAAUUUUCUCACUGCAUUCGGACCUUCUGUAGAUGGCGUUGUAAUAAAAACAGAUUUUGCAAAAGAUUUCUUAACUAUGCAUUCAACAGCAGACUUUCCCAGUUUUGGUCCAUUGAAUAAUAUGAAUCAAAACACCUUUCACAUAAAAAGAAGUGAUAGUGGGAGACGAUUGUUUCAAAACAAAUAUGACUUGUUAUUUGGGGUGGUGACGUGUGAAGCGCUAUGGAAAUUUUCCGCGCAUGACGUACAAAAUGGCAUCGAGCCGGAAAAAAGGGAUCGUAUGCUGAGAACCUACGUCAGGAACUCUUACACUUAUCAUUUGAGCGAAAUUUUCUACACGAUCAUCAACGAAUACACCGAUUGGGAAAGAACGAAUCCAAUAAACACUAGAGAUGCAACAGUGUCAGCGCUAUCUGAUGCACAAUACGUUGCUCCUCUCAUGCAAAGUGGAGACUUGCUGAGUGGAUCGAAAGUUGUGAACGAUGAAGAUCAGCCAUCGAGACAGACCAAGACGUUCUUUUACGUUUUCGAUUACCAAACUAAGGAUGGUUUUUAUCCACAGAGAAUGGGGGCAGUCCAUGGCGAAGAGUUACCUUAUGUUUUUGGGGCACCACUCGUCGAAGGUUUCGGCCAUUUUUUAGAAAAUUACACCAAGUCAGAAAUAUCUUUAUCAGAGUCUAUUAUGCUGUUUGUGUCGAACUUCGCUAAAACUGGGAAUCCAAACGACAACGCCCGUCAAGAGGCUUUUCUACCGGCUUCAAGGGAAAGGAACAAGUUCCGCGGCGUUAAUUGGGAAGAGUAUGACUCCACACAUCAAAAGUACCUUGAAAUAGGUAUGAAGCCACGAAUGAAAAACCAUUUCCGAGCUCAUCAGCUGUCAGUAUGGCUACGCUUGGUACCUGAACUCCACAGAACUGGUAUGGAGGACGUUUCAGCUCGACAUAAUUUGUUCAAAAAUUACAACGAACAGGAUUUAUAUGAGGGUAUUAUAAGACCUGAUCCAUUAUCAAGGACCGAAAAUGACCAGAUAAGGAAAAAUGUCUCAUACGACACUGCUUUAACUACGGUCGAUACUAUACUAGCGACUUGUGUCACAAUUAUCCCAAAUAGAGAUAUGAAUUAUACUACACCUGAUAAUACUCUGGCUAAUCUUGAAGCUGCAGGAUAUGCUGCUUAUUCAACGGCAUUGAGUGUAACGAUUGCUAUUGGGUGUUCCCUGUUGAUUUUAAAUGUAUUAAUCUUCGCCGGGGUCUAUUACCAAAGAGAUAAAUCGAGAUCCCGGAGCAAACAGCGGUUCAAUGAGAAACACUUCGAAACUAUAUCCGGAAAGCACUCACAUUAUCAUAUAGAUCCAAACAUUGCGCCUAGUUUAGUUGUGGAUAUAGAAAGACAGAAUCGGAAAAAAAUCGAUUUGGCAAAUAUGAAUUUUAAAGGCCCUAAAACACCGAGUCCCACACUAAGUAUCGAUAUGCCGAGUAAAUUGAAUAGCAGUUUUAGACUACCGAAUACUUACCCUGAAUAUGGAACGUUACCGAAGAAUUUAAGUCAUUUCAGUAAUGCUCAAGAUAUGCGAAAUCCAAAUGGAUCUACCGAUUUUGAUGAACCAAGACUUCCUCAUGCUACUCUAAGAAGAGGCAAGUCUAUACAUUCAACCACUUUACCCCAAGCCGCGAUCGAUGAAAUGAGGGUG